UUCUUCUCUUCUUCUACUUCCUCUUCCUUCUGAGACUGUCCGAAUCCACUGCAGCUCCUGAGCCCAAAUCUUCGCGUGAGCAGUCAAAAGCUUGGGUUCCUCCUCCUUUGCUCUUCAGCCGCAUUCGGGGACGCGAUUUUUCGAUCACUCCCGUCUUACUCAACACCAUACUAAACAUCCCUCGCGUCGGCGUGAUGUAUUACCGAACAGUCAUUUGGAACUUCCCUGACUUCACCGAGGAGGAAGCUAGGAAUCACCUUCUGUGCGAGCCGUCCGCUUCUAGAGAAGACAGCUCUAAGCUUUCGUUUCACGAUCGCCUCGCCCAUUUCCUCCUCACUAAGCUCGUUCUUCCUCGCGACGGCCACCACACUGCCGUCCAAAAGAUGGAUCUUUUCCUGCUUCACCAUCUCAGAGAGGAGAUCCGAGUUAACCUGGCCCACAUUAUUAUUUGUCAUAUGGCCGCCGCUGCCGACCAUGCCUCCCGCUCUCUUCCCUACGGGUCGUUGCUCACCGCCGUCUUCCAGCACUUCGACUUCGCUCUAGGGCGUGAGCUGCCGAAGAAGAACACUAAGCUUAUCGACAGUAGCACUUUCACAAGUAUCGGUUUCAAGAAAAACCAAUGUGGACAAUGGGUACGAAAAAAUAUAAGGGAUACACCCGAAGAUCAAGGUGGAACACCAAAUGGCUCUAGAUUCAGGGGUUUCAGUUAUAGCAGAACGCGAAAGAAAGAUCAUUUAUGUAGCAGUAGAUUCUGUAGCGCCGACGUCAACUAUGUUACAACCGAUGAGGAAGAAGUCGAGGGCGAACGAGAAGAAGCGGGGCGCGAGGAUGUACAACAAGAGGCUCCUAUGCCUUCCCCUCGACAUGCUCCUCCGCCGUGUGAUCCUUAUCCUACGCAAAUAGAUAUCCGUCAACGCUUUGAUAGAUUGGAAAAUCAAGUCUAUCAAAGACUAAAUAGGAUGGAUCACAUGCUCGAUAGGAUGGAAAACCAAUGGAAUGCACUUUUUGAACUCUCGAGCGCAUUUUAUGCGGCAUACGGGCCUCGAGCUAGCCAACCUUCAUCAUCUACCGCGUCGCCAUCGAAGGCAACAACGAGUCGAGAUAAGGAUGAUCGAGACGGCGACGGUGAAGAUUAGGAUUUAGUUUACCUCUUUGUCUCUAGCAUUGUGGCCUAGUGGCCCUUUUUGUUGGUUUUUAUGUUUGAUAUUGAACUUUUGUUAUUGUAUUUUUCACUUUAUGCUUAUUGUUUAUGUUUCUUUUCUUUUAUACUUAACCUUGGUUGAUUUCUUUUUUAUGAUGCCAAAGGGGGAGAAAUAUGUGAUAUAAAGAUACCUUAUUUGUGACAUAUGCUUGAGUUGCUUAACU